AAGGAAGCGGUGGUUUAUUUUAGGGACCUCUGAAAAUACGCGCACACGUCCCGUAGAGAAAUAGUUGCUCGUUGCUGCUUCGCGAUAAGACCAUGGCUCUUAAACGCUGUCUACUUCCAAUAAUAGUGAUUACAGUUUCAAUUGGUAUUUCGCCGAUUUUCACGUGGAGCCCCGAUGUUCGUCGUUACGAGAGCUACGACCUAGAGAAAGGGCCAGUUUUCUACGAAGCUUACUAUCCGGACGACGAGCCCCGCACCCACUACCAAGAAAAACGUUAUUUCGACCGCGAGCCAGUCUUCGAGAAGACCUAUCAACUAUCCUCCGAGCACGCAGAGAAGAAUUAUCAAGACAGACCCGAUGCUGCUCUUCAAAACGUGGAUCGUUUCUCUCCCCAGCCACUGGACAUAAAGGAAAUUUCUAAGCUGGCCAGGAGAGCCAUAUCCAGAGAUCUGGAGAACUGGAACACCCUUGAGGAGUACUUGGAUCGAGCUAAAUACGAGGAUCCGUUAUAUCCAACUCGAGUCGACGCGAAUUCGAGGGAUCCGUAUGAGGAGAAACGGGAGGAGCCUUUGCCUCGUCGACUUCGAUCAAGCAGAGACCAAAGAUUUAUUGAAUCCGAUAUCGGUAGAAAUCGAUUUGAAGCAGUUCCAUACGAGAACCAUGAACAACAGAUGAUACAAGCUGUUAGGACGAGUCCAGUGAAUACUUUGAACAAACCUGUCCCACCCAAUUCUCUCAAUUCUUAUCCAACAGAGAACAUCUUCGCGCCGAGGCCUCAAGUAAUUAAUUACAUCUUCUCAAAGAGACCGACGGAGAAUAAAGAAGAGCUGGUCGCGUCUGAAACGAAGGAGACGAAGGAGUCCAUGCCUAGGAAUUACGGGGACAAUUUGAUUCGCGAUGAAAUGAAGGAAAAGGAAGAAAAUAAGAAUGCCAAGAUCGCUUCUAUCGAAGUUAGCGAGGUACCGAGACACAAGACUCGUCACCAUCAUGGAGAUUGGCCGAAACGUGAAUAUCCUCAUCGUCAUCAAUCUUAAACAGAUUGUUAAUAAUCUAUUUUAAGUCUUCGCCUAUUACUUCGUUUCUAUUACCUAUUCUUUAGUUUUCUUGUACUAACUGUAUUUUAAAACAAUAAAUUGCGAGUAUAGGGACGCA